AUGUGCUUCCCGAUCAGUGGCAACCUAUCUGCCACUGUAUAUUCCCGAUCAAAAACCGGCAAGACAGCGAGCUCGUGGCGCAGUGGUGAGAGCAUCGGACUUCUAAAUAACAACGUCGCCGGUUCGAAACUCGAGCGGGGCACCAAUUUCUGGGGCACUGGUACACAAAUAAAAGAAAGUUUUGAAUUGCGUGUGAAGGCCAGAUCCAUCGCUGCCGAUGUAUUGACUGAUGUUGCAACGCGCCUUUUCGUCGACAACCUCCUUGCCAGCAUGGAUAAAGUUCAAGAGAUAGCCCUUUUUAUUGGUUCAAUGCUGGUAGCGAACAAAGCGAUAAGACAUGCCAGAGCACGUAAACGCCUGGACAGAGACUUUGAGGAAUGGAAGAAGCUUAAAGGCGGUGGAAAAGAUCUGUCAGGUAAAUACCAUGACUGGCGUCAGGCUGUUGAUAUGGCGACAGACAGCCUCGCCAACGCAGAGGCCAAAUUCAUGCGUGACAGACUUUUAGCUCCACUGAAUGAAAUAGAUUUGCAGUAUCAAAUCGCUGCCGCACAGGUUGCCCGCAAGGCAACGGGUAUAGCCAGAGCCCGACUCAUUACUGAGCAGCGAGUCAGGGCUCUGGAUCUGAAACUUACCAAUGCAAAAUAGUUGCGUGUGUCAGACGACGUUAAACAGUCCAAAUCUGGUGCCAAAAAGCAAGUGUCACCCACGGACAGUGAACCACCAGCUCGUUGUCUUGUCGGUCUAGGUCGGGAGGUAUUGACCCUUGUUGAUGAACGCUCACCGACCGCUGAUGGACCUUACUUGUCCCACUCCACCUUUGCUUUGGGCCUCCUUUCUCGGGUCCUGAAUGCAGCUGUACAGCAAGCACAUGACUUGACCUUGCUCUACAAGUAUGUAAAAACAACUGUCAUCUCUCUCACGCACAGACCUUCACACUCUCUCAGAUAUGACUGGAUGCAGUCAACAUCAGCGCCAGUGGCCACUGCCGCCUGA